AUGGCGUCGUCACAAGAUAUCGGCAUCGGGGGCUCUGGAAUCAACUGUAUAGAGUCUGACGGUGGCGGUGACGGUGGCGGCGGCGGUGGCAGUGACGGUGGCGGAGGCGGCGGUAGUGACGGUGGCGGCGGCCGCGACGGUGGUGGCGUCGGCGGUGGCAGUGGCGGCGGCAGUGACGGUGGUGGCGGCGGUGGCUGCAGUGACGGCGGCAGUGACGGUGGUGGCGGCGGCGGCUGCAGCAUUGGUGGGACGGCAGUGCGGGUGUCAGGAGCAACCUCAGCCUUCUUGGCCGCAGCAGUCGAGGCGCUCAACUGGUUGAUUUUAACUAUGGUCACCAGAGGCAUUCACCUUGUGAGAGGAGUUCGUGUUAUCCAGCAACAGGAAACCUGCUGAUUGGUCGAGAGAAUAAACUCUCUGCGUCGUCAACAUGUGGUUUAAAAGGAC